AUGCAUAUUGACACGCGCGUGCGAGGCCUCGACAGCGAAACAAAGUUGAAGCCAGGGACUCCCAACCAACAGCGACUCGCCAACCAAAGCACCAACACCGAUGAACCCAAGAAAAGCAGCGAACCAGAAAGCAGCGGAUCGGAAUCCAGAGAGUUUGAUCUUGGACAAAAGUCGGUGUAUCAGUCGCACGAUCCAUCGGGUUGCGCAUGCUCGCACCCUUCCACAGUGGAAAGAUGGUCUGCGCGCAGGGGGGAAAUCGUCGACUUUCUAUCCGGUCCGUUCUUGGGGGAAGAGUUUCGAACUUACCUCGUCAUCCACCUCUACCGCUUCAUCGUUGAAGACAUCCUUGGGUGCGAGGAAGUACGUGUCCCCUACCCAGACCGUCUCCUUGCCAUCAUCCUCCGCAACCUUGCCGGCAAACUUGACCGCAGUCUCGGUCAAGCUCUUGUUCAGCUCUUGAUCGGCAUGGCACAUCCACGCGUCGACCAGCUCUUCCCAGCCUUCUGA